CAGAGCUCGCAAUUUGAAAGGAAGGGCGCAGUUUGGAGCAGGAAUCUAGAAAAUAUUCAGUAUAAAUCUCUCUCUCUCUUUUCCUGCCAGCUCUGUUCUCCGGGAUUCUGGAGCAAGUGACAGGUCUUCGGAACCCUAAAUCGCCGUUAACGUCACAAAAUGCGCGCCGUGUGGGCUCUAGCUGGGAUAUUGCUGAUGUUUGGACGGACGCGGGCCGUGCUAGACCUUCAGCAAGAUGUCACAAAUUGGUGUGAAUAUGACAAGGUACUCCAUGCACGGUUGGAUGUUGUAGAAAAGAAUAUCGAACAAACAGUGACUCACUUGGAGGCAGAAGUGUCUGAUCUGCUCAAGAUCAUCGAAACUUCCGACAUUUCUCUUGAGUUAGGGUCUCCAACCAUUAACAUUUUUGAAGGUUUGGUUUGAACAGCACGAUGCCUUUCUUCAUAAUGAAAAAAUCUACUUUGAACCAAAAAUUUAAUCAUACCACAGAAAUACUGUAUCAGCCAUUACCCACAAAUAUGUCAAGGAAAAUUCUCACAAAUGUAUUCUAACAAUGAGCUUUUUAUAAAUUGCAUU